GAAUGAGGCGGAAUAUGUCCAAUGUCAGCUACGUGAGGACUGCGCCCCGUCUGCUAAACGAUUGCAAAAGAAGUGACGAGCGUUAUAUAACAAGUACCUAGGUCCCGUGGCCACUUGAGCCCUUCAGCUAUUUUGGGGAAGCGCGGAUCCGGCGGCAUGCGACGAGAACCCUCUUCCCCAUCAGCCGACCAAUUUUGGCACCUGCAGUAUCAGAAUCGGCGCCGCAGGAUGAUAUCAACUAUCCGGCGCUCCAGCUAGCAGCAUCACUGCAUAUAGCUUAAGGUAUAUUGCAGGUGAAAAAGCUUCGAGGACUCUGUCAUCGCAUAUGGCUCAGUCAUCUCGGUACCGUCCCGAUGGUGAUCCAGGCUGAAAGCAUGGCCACAGACGAAUGGGAAUAUGAAUAUGACCCAAAUGAGACAGAAGAUUGCUACAUCACACUGGACCUGACGACAUACGUUCCUGAUGCACUAGCAACCAAGUCAAACACAAGAACAGCCAAGCAACCUACAUCCAUUGACAAUGAUAAAACACCCCAAUCAGAAAACGAUGCUGCGCCAACCUCAGUAGGCAAGUUGGAGAUUGCAGAUUUACAUACCCGCCAACCAUUCAUCAAAUUCAAUGACCGGAUGUAUCAUGGCACAUGGAGUACCGAUUACGGAAGCCAAGUUUACGUAGCAAACCCAGGCGCUGUUCAAGAUCCAGUGUUGGCGGGCAACAUGCUGGACAUCGUCGGUGUUUCUCGCGCGAGAAUAGUUGCAACGCCGGCAAGGCUUCGCGGAGAACAGAAGUCGGCCACUCAGCACGAUGUCCUCGAAGAUGAAAAUCUAGAGAUGAGUGCACAUAGCGAAGAGAUCGGCUCUGGUGAACUCACAGAUGAGCACACGAUAUCGCAGACCACGAAACAGCGAAAGACACCCCUCUCAGAGAGACCUCAAACUGGGAACGGAUCGCAGGCUGCCUCAUUCCUGCAACGCCUGACUCGAAUCAAACAGCAAAAGGGCGAGAAAGAUCCUGUACCAUUAUAUGGUGUCAAAAUUUACAAUGCUCCUUCACCCGAAGCGCAACAGGCUAUCCGAGAUGCCGCGCUGCAAAACGAUGCAGAACAAGUAGGCCGAGCUUCAGAUUUCCCGCCAGCGAGACGAAGACGUUAUCCGCGCGAGAACCAAGCGUUCACAACAGAUGCCAGAAGCGCAACAUCAACAGCUGUUACGGGUCUAAAGUCGUCCACUACUAUCAGGGGCCGGCCAUCCAGGGACGCGAUCGUCCAAAGUCUAGGAUUUCGAGACAUGGGGACAGCCGACUCCGAGAACAGCCUAGAUGUUCAAGUCCUAUCGACUGACGACGAAGUCGACGAUGAUGAUGGCGAUGAUGAAUAUGAAGGCGUUUGACGGUCAUGAUCAUUGCCUGGCGGAAUGAGAUGGAGAUGUAAUAAUUAUUGUAAUGCAGCGAGGCCAAUAUCGAGAAUCCUACAUUGCCUGCAAGGCUCGUGUCAUUGUCGCGCCUCUCGCACUUCCAUGACUCGUGAAAAGACACGUGGGGUCAGCCGAGGGUGGGGAAUGAAAUUGACCCCGAUUCGUCACCACGU